AUGACGGACCUUGCAGAGACAGCAGGACCUCUCUUUCGCCCCGUCAAGAAGAGGAAGUUUCUGAGAAAGCGGCCGGAGGACGAUCUGAAUACAGAACCGGAAAAUGCACCGUCUGCUCCUCCCUCGCAAGCAGAGCAGCAGCAGAAGACACAAGGACUGUCUACUGCAUCUACAUUCAAUGAUGAUGAAGAAUCAACUCCUGUGUCCGACAUUCUACGGCUCCGGAAGGUGCAUAAAGCUCGACGAGGUGGCGUCGAGUUCAGCGCAAGCUCGAGAUCGAGAACCCACGGUGAUGCAGAGUCUACGGAUCUGGUCAAUACGCAAGACCAGGACGUGGAGAAGGUCCGUGCUAUGGCAGACAGGUUUACUGCUCAUACAGGACAGAAGGUGGACGUUGACAAGCACAUGAUGGCAUAUAUAGAAUCAGAACUGGCUAAGCGACAUCAGCGCGAUAUGCCCACAGAAGACAUUUCUCAGGAUUCUCGCCCCGCGAACGAAACGGUCGACCGACAGUCAGAUCCGAGAUUCCUUCAGCGCGAGCCAGCCUCGUUGGGUAAACUCCACGAGAUCGACCUUGGGGAUGAAGCGAAACUAGAGAAUAUUGCGCGCACAGAGGCUGCUACAAGGCGACUUGUUGGGGAGGCACCACCAUCACCAACAGAGGAAGCGCCACAGAAGAAAGCUCGUGAUGGCAAAUCCUGGCGAAACCGCAAGCGACGGACUAGUGAGGACAUUGAGAGAGAUAGGCUUGUGGAAGAGGUCUUGCGGGAAAGCAGACUUGAUGUAUAUGAGGAACCUGAAGAACAGGGCGAACCAGAUGAUCAAGCUGCUGACGACCGGAUCGCGGAGCAAUUUCGUCGAGACUUUCUUGACGCGCUACAGAGUCGCCGUCGCGGUACGCGGACGAAGCCUACGAAAACUGCAAAGCAGGAACCGCCCAAGGGACCGAAACUGGGUGGCAGCCGGAGUGCCAGGGCUGCUAUGCGGGAGUUGCAGGAAAAAGGUCAAAAGUGA